AUUUGGGGAGAAGGAGAAUGAGGGAAUCAGGUGACAUAUCUGCAGAUGUCGAACCUCUGGAGAUGGAAGAAAAUACAGGCGUUCGAGAUGAACCAAAGAGGCAGCAGAGAAGAAAAAUGGCAGGCAAAGAAAAGCAGAGUUAUAAAUCCAUUGCCAGUGAAGCUGGGGAGGCCCACGAAAUCUCAGGACAAGAAGUAGUACAGGAGGAAAAGAGAGAGAAUAAGUGCCCUGUAUGUGGGAAAAACUUUUGUUCUAAAUCCCGCCUGAAAGUACAUCAGAGAAUCCACACAGAGAAGAGACCCUAUAAAUGUUUUGAAUGUGGGAAAGGUUUCAGACAGAGCGGACACCUUUCCCAGCAUCAAAGAAUGCAUACAGGCGAGCGACGCUAUAAAUGCUUGGAGUGUGGGAAGAGUUUCAGUCAGAGCACAUAUUUUAUUCUGCAUAAAAUAACCCACACGGGCGAGAAACCUUUUACAUGUUUGGAGUGUGGGAAGAGCUUUAGUCACAGUAGGAAACUUACUAUACACCGCACUGUCCACACAGGGGAGAGGCCAUAUAAAUGUAAGGAAUGCGGCCAGAGCUUCAGUCAGAGCACACACCUUACUUCACAUCAAAGAAUUCACACAGGGGAGAAGCCGUAUAAAUGUUUGGAGUGCGGGAAAUGCUUCAAUCAGAGUACGCACCUGACUUUGCAUCGAAGAAUUCAUACAGGGGAGAAACCUUAUCGGUGUCUGGUGUGUGGAAAAUGCUUCAGCCAGAGCCCACACCUGACUUUGCAUCAAAGAAUCCACACGGAAGAGAAAAUGUACAAGUGCUCGGAGUGUGGAAAGAGCUUCCACCGAAGCGACCAUCUGACUUCACACCAAAGAAGUCACACUGGGGAGAAACCAUAUCCGUGCUUGGAAUGUGGAAAGAGUUUCAGUCGAAGUUCGAUCCUCAUGAAACAUCAAAGAACCCACAAAGGUGAGGAUAUUCCCAAGUGAACUUCCCCUUUUACUGAGGUGAACAGACCGGACUUUGCUUUCAGUGUCUUGCGAUUCUGAGACUUGGACAUUAGUUAUAUGAAACAGAGCCUUUUCCAUCGUAGCCCCUGGAGAUAGCCUCAAACAGGGGAAUCACCAUCAUCUGUAGAAGAUCCUUGAAAGAAAGGAGUUCCCAAUGUUUGAUUGGAAAAUCAGAGCUGUGCCUGGAGGCUCACUUGAUAUCUGGUGGGCUGGUGCUUCAUUAGAGGCCCAAGUGACGUCUGUGGUGAGGCGCACCUAUUACCAGCUUUGGCUGGUACACCAACUAUAUCCUUUCCUGGACAGAGGUAGUCUGACCACUGUAGUCCAAGCAUAAGUAACCUGUAAUGUGCUUUAUAUGGAGGUAUCCUUGUGUGUGGCCUGCAGGCUGCAGCUGGGGCAGCAUAAGAACAUCAGAAGCGCCCUGCUGGAUCAGACCAAGGGUCCAUCUAGUCCAGCACUCUGUUCACACAGUAGCCAACCAGCCGUUGGCCAGGGAUAAACAAGCAGGACAUGGUGCAACAGUACCCUCCCACCCAUGUUCCCCAGCAACUGGUGCACACAGGCUUAUUGCCUCGAAUACUGGAGAUAGCACACAACCAUCAGGGCUAUUGCCUUUGCCUCCAGGAAUUUAUCCAACCCCCUUUUAACGCCAUCCAAAUGGGUGGCCAUCACUACAUCUUGUGGCAGUGAGUUCCAUAAUUUUACUCUGCCCUGUGUGAAGAAGUCCUUCCUUUUAUUUGUCUCGGAUCUCCCACCAAUCAGCUUCAUGGGAGCAGCUGACUAGGUUUCCUGACGGCGUACAUCUUACACCAGUGUUGAAAAAGCUACACUGGCUGAGCCAAGUGAAGAACCUCAGCAGAGCCCUGCUGGAUCAAACCAAGGGUCCAUCUAGUCCAGCACUCUGUUCACACAGUGGGCAACCCACAAGGUUGAAGUUUUUGUUGCUGGCAUGGAAAGGUCUGAACAACUUGGGACCAGGUUACCUGGCGGAUCGCCCUUCCUCAAUGUAGACCCAUUGGAACACUAAGAUCAUCACAGGAGGCCUGGCCGGUUGUAUGCAACCUACAGUUGUUAUAGGCAGCAACCCGGAAAUGGGCCUUCUCCGUGUUAGCCCCUUGGUAUGCGGGAGGUGCUAACUGUGGCAUACUGUAGGUGCCAGUUAAAGGACCGAUGUUUUCACCCAGGCCUUCCCUGACUGAAUGUGCUGCCCGGUUCAUUGAUUUGUUAGCUCUCUGGUUUAAAAUGUUUCAAUUGAGAAUGGAGUUUGUUUUUAGCUGAGACCUUUUGUGUUCUGCUUUUAACAUUUUAACGGUGGACAUUUUGUAUUUCAAAUUUGAAUGUCGUACGCCGCUUCGAGAUAUAGUCAAGCAGCUUAUAGAGUGAUUAAAUAAAUAAAAUAAUUUACCUUUUGUAGAAUAGGGGGAGUUUUACGGGAACAUCUUAGGGGAUGUUUCGGGGCGCGUUAACCCACAGUAAGUUCGCUAGUAGUGUUAUGAACUUGCGUAGAUUUGAAUGAAGUAAAGCAGGGAUAAGUAACCCGGUGCCCUCCAGAUGCUUUGUACUACAACUCCCAUCAACCCCAGUCAGUAUGGUCAGGGAUUAUGGGAGUUGUGCUUCAGACAUCUGGAGGACACCAGGUUACCUGUCCCUGAGGUAGAGGGUAAGUGUGGACACAUAGAGGUUUGGGAGUAGGUCUUCAGAGCUAGGUGGAGGGACUCUUUCAUAUGUUAUCUUGCACAUGCAGCAUUUUCUUAGGAACAUAAGAGUUGCCUUAAACCUUGCUUCAUCAAGUCUAGUAUUGGCAAUGGCUCUCCAGGGCUUCAGGCCCGUGUUUUUCCAGUCCUACUUGGGUGUUCCUGCUUGCAGCCGUGUGCUCUACCACUGAGCUAUGGUUUUUCUCCCAAAUAAGUAAGAUCCCAGUAGGGCUGUGUGCAAGCUUCGGAUUAGGAUUUCCGAAGCAUGGCGUCGAUUUUGUGUAGGUUCCGCCAUUUUGUGCACAGCCCUGGUGUGAAGAGGGGGAGGAAAACCCUACAGCUCCCAGCAUGCACUGCAGCCAAUCAGAGAGCAGUAUUGUCUUGUUGGAAAUCAUGGGCUAAGCCUUUGCAAAUUGGUAGGGUGACCCUAUGGAAAGGAGGACAGGGCUCCUGUAUCUUUAACAGUUGUGUUGAAAAGGGGAUUUCAGCAGGUGUCAGUUGCAUAUAUGGGGAACUUGGUGAAAUUCCCUCUUCAUCACAACAGUUAAAGCUGCAGGAGCCCUGCCCUGCCCUCUUUUGUAUCUGUUCACGCUAGGCAGGACUCCUGCAGCUUUCACUGUUGCGAUGAAGAGGGAAUUUCAUCAGGUGCUGCAUGCCUACAAAUGACACCUGCUGAAAUCCCCUUUUCUAUGCAGCUAUUAAAGAUACAGGAGCCCUGUCCUCCUUUCCAUAUGGUCACCCUAAGAUUGAGUGAGUGGUGAUGUGGCAUCUAGAAGUUGAAACGUAAGAAAACUACACACUCCUUUUAGCCUGAGCAACACCAAAACACUAGCCUCUUUAUGCAAAUUGCACCAAAACACAACCCACUUUUCAUGGAAUGUCAUAAAUUUAUGGAAUUCUGAAGAAAGAGAAGGCUGCAAUGCAUGCUGGGAGCUAUAAGACUUUCUCUCUUCACAUUAGGGCUGUGCACAAAAUGGCGGAUUCUUUACAAAAUGGCCACCAUGCUUAGGAAAUCCAAAUCCGGAGCUUGCACUGCCCUAGAGCCCAGCCCAAACAAAGGGCUGGAUUAAAUAGGAACAUACGAAGCUGUCUUAGAAUCAUAGAAUAGCAGAGUUGGAAGGGGCCUACAAGGCCAUCGAGUCCAACCCCCUGCUCAGUGCA